AUGGGCCUGCCCGAGGACUUCGACGACCGACAAAUCCAUCUUGAAUCUGAAAAAGAGCAAUACACUCCCUAUGAUUACCAGACGGAGAACAACUCCUCAUGGGCGGGUGCUCUGCCGGUGAAGCAAGGAUUGUACGAUCCGAGCUUGGAGAAAGAUGCAUGCGGUGUCGGCUUUGCUUGCCACAUCAAGGGCAAGCCUAGCCACAAGAUUGUCAGCGAUGCGCGCAACCUGCUUUGCAACAUGACCCACAGAGGUGCUGUGGGAUCUGAUGCACGAGACGGUGAUGGCGCUGGCGUCAUGACUUCGAUCCCCCACAGGUUCUUCAUCAAGAACUUCGCAAAGGAGGAAGGCAUUGAGUUGCCCCCUCUGGGACAAUAUGCUACGGGAAACCUGUUCUUUAAGCCAGACGAGGAGACUCUGCAAGAGUCCAAGAGGCAGUUGGAAGAUAUUGCCGAAUCGUUAGGCCUGCGUGUCUUGGGAUGGCGAAGGCCUCCCGUUGACUCGACUUUGCUUGGUCCUGCUGCCAAGUCUCGUGAGCCCAUUAUCAUGCAGCCUUUUGUCGUCCUGAUCUCCGCCUACGGCGAAGGCAACGCCCCCGAGAACACCGAUCCCGAGCAAUUUGAUGACAGACUCUUCGAAAGACAGCUGUAUGUCCUCAGAAAGCGAGCCACCCACACCGUCGGUCUGCAGAACUGGUUCUACAUCUGCUCCCUCUCCAACAAGAACAUUGUCUACAAGGGACAGCUGGCCCCCAUCCAGGUCUACCAGUACUACUAUGAUCUCGUCAACGCCGACUACGAGGCUCACUUUGCCCUCGUCCACUCUCGUUUCUCGACCAACACUUUCCCCUCCUGGGACCGUGCUCAACCUCUGAGAUGGGCUGCCCACAACGGUGAGAUUAACACUCUCCGUGGAAACAAGAACUGGAUGAGAGCUCGUGAGGGUGUCAUGCAGUCUGACGUCUUCCGCGAGGAACUCGAAAUGCUCUACCCCAUCGUCGAGGAUGGCGGUUCCGACUCUGCUGCUUUCGACAACGUCCUGGAGCUGUUGACCAUCAACGGUGUCCUCUCCCUGCCGGAGGCUGUCAUGCUCAUGGUCCCCGAGGCCUGGCAAGGAAACACUCACAUGGACCCCAAGAAGGCCGCUUUCUACGAGUGGGCUGCUUGCCAGAUGGAGCCUUGGGACGGUCCCGCUCUCUUCACCUUCGCCGACGGCCGUUACUGCGGUGCCAACCUCGACCGUAACGGUCUCCGCCCUUGCCGUUUCUACGUCAUGGACGAUGACCGCAUCAUUUGCGCUUCUGAGGUCGGCACCAUCCCCGUCGAGCCCGAGAAGGUCAUCCAGAAGGGUCGUCUUCAGCCCGGUCGCAUGCUGCUCGUUGAUACCCUUGCCGGCCGCAUCAUCGACGAUAAGGAGUUGAAGGAGGCCGUCUCCAGCCGCCAGGACUUCCGCUCUUGGAUCGACCAGGAGCUCAUCACCAUGCCCAAGGUCCUCGAGACCAUUGGCAAGACCGUUGACGUCGCUGCCAAGCCUGACGCCACUCGUCUGCAGGAGGACCCCCUUCUCCUGGCCUUCGGCUACACUCACGAGCAAGUGAGCUUGCUUCUGGCCCCCAUGGCCUCUGACGAGAAGGAAGCCCUUGGUUCCAUGGGUAACGAUGCUCCUCUGGCUUGCUUGUCUCAGGCUCCUCGUCUUCUGUACGAGUACUUCCGCCAGCUCUUCGCUCAGGUCACCAACCCUCCCAUCGACCCCAUUCGUGAGUCGAUCGUUAUGUCUCUGGAGUGCUACGUCGGUCCUCAGGGCAACCUCCUUGAGAUGGACAGCUCUCAGUGCGGCCGUCUCCUUCUUCCCAGCCCCAUUCUGUCGAUCCCCGAGUUCAACUCGCUCAAGAACUUGUCGACCAUCAACCCCGAGUGGACUGUCAAGGUCAUCGACCUGACUUUCCCCAAGAGCGAGGGCACCGACGGCUACCUGCGCCACCUCGACCACAUCUGCAACGAGACCACCGCUGCCAUCGAGAACAAGGACCGCAUCAUCGUCCUCUCUGACCGCAACACCUCCAAGGACCGCGUCCCCGUCUCCGCCCUGCUCGCCUCCGGUAUGGUCCACCACCACCUCGUCAACAACAAGUGGCGUUCCAUGGCUGCCAUCGUCGUCGAGACCGCCGAGGCCCGUGAGGUUCACCACAUGUGUGUCCUCCUCGGCUACGGUGCUGACGCCAUUAACCCUUACCUCGCCAUGGAGUGCAUUCUGAAGCUGAACCGUGAGAAGCUUAUUAAGAAGAAGCUCUCCGACGACGCUCUCAUCCACAACUACAAGCACUCUUGCGACGGUGGUAUCCUCAAGGUCAUGAGCAAGAUGGGUAUCUCUACCCUCGCCUCUUACAAGGGUGCUCAGAUUUUCGAGGCUCUUGGUCUCGACGAGACCGUCAUCGAGCGCUGCUUCAAGGGCACUGCCUCCCGCAUCCAGGGUUCCACCUUUGAGCUCAUCGCCGAGGACAGCUUCCGCUUCCACGAGCGCGGUUUCCCCUCCCGCUACACCGUUGGUGUUUCCGGUCUGCCCGAGUCCGGCGAGUACCACUGGCGCGACGGUGGUGAGGCUCACAUGAACGACCCCACCUGCAUUGCCAACAUCCAGGAUGCCGUUCGCACCAAGAACGACAAGUCCUACGAGGCCUACUCCAAGUCUCAGUACGAGCAGAUCAAGGCUUGCACCCUGCGUGGUAUGCUUGACUUCAAGUUCGAGGACUGCACUCCCGUUCCCAUUGAGCAGGUCGAGCCCUGGACCGAGAUUGUCCGUCGCUUCUGCACGGGUGCCAUGUCUUACGGUUCCAUCUCCAUGGAGUCUCACUCUACUCUCGCCGUCGCCAUGAACAGACUUGGCGGCAAGUCCAACACUGGUGAGGGUGGUGAAGACCCCGAGCGUUCUCAGCGCAUGACCAACGGUGACACCAUGCGUUCUGCCAUCAAGCAGGUCGCCUCUGGCCGUUUCGGUGUCACCUCCGCCUACCUCGCCGACUCUGACGAGAUCCAGAUCAAGAUGGCCCAGGGAGCCAAGCCUGGUGAAGGAGGUGAGCUUCCUGGACACAAGGUGUCCAAGUCUAUCGCUCGCACCCGUCAUUCCACCCCUGGUGUCGGUCUCAUCUCUCCUCCUCCUCACCACGACAUUUACUCCAUUGAGGACUUGAAGCAGUUGAUCUACGAUCUGAAGUGCUCCAGCCCUCGCUCUCGCGUCUCCGUCAAGCUCGUCUCCGAGGUCGGUGUCGGUAUCGUCGCCUCUGGUGUCGCCAAGGCCAAGGCCGACCACAUCUUGAUCUCUGGUCACGAUGGUGGUACCGGUGCCUCUCGCUGGACCGGCAUCAAGUACGCCGGUCUCCCCUGGGAGCUGGGUCUUGCCGAGACUCACCAGACUCUGGUCCUCAACGACCUUCGUGGUCGUGUUGUUGUCCAGACUGACGGUCAGCUCCGCACUGGUCGCGAUGUCGCCAUGGCCUGCUUGCUCGGUGCUGAGGAAUGGGGUUUCGCUACCACUCCUUUGAUCGCCAUGGGCUGCAUCUUCAUGAGGAAGUGCCACCUUAACAGCUGCCCUGUCGGUAUCGCCACCCAGGACCCUGAGCUGCGCAAGAAGUUCACCGGUACCCCCGAGCACGUCAUCAACUUCUUCUACUACGUCGCCAACGAGCUCCGUGCCAUCAUGGCCAGGCUUGGUUUCCGCACCAUCAACGAGAUGGUUGGCCACGUCGAAGUCCUCAAGGUCCGCGACGACUUGCGCACUAAGAAGACCUCCAACAUCGACCUCUCCCUGCUCCUGACUCCCGCUCACAAGCUCCGCCCGGGUGUCGCCACCUUCAACGUCCGCAAGCAGGACCACAAGCUCUACGUCCGCUUGGACAACAAGCUCAUCUCUGAGGCCGAGUUGACUCUGGACAAGGGUCUGCCUUCCAGAAUCGAGUGUGACAUUGUCAACACCGACCGUGCCAUGGGUACCUCGCUCUCGUACCACAUCUCCAAGCGCUACGGCGAAGACGGCUUGCCUUUGGACACCGUCCACGUCAACAUCAAGGGUUCCGCUGGUCAGUCCUUCGGUGCUUUCCUCGCCCCUGGUGUGACUCUGGAGCUCGAGGGUGAUGCCAACGACUACGUUGGUAAGGGUCUCUCUGGCGGUCGCUUGAUCGUCUACCCUCCCCGCUCCGCCGUCUUCAAGGCUGAGGAGAACAUCAUCGUUGGUAACGUCUGCUUGUACGGCGCCACCAAGGGUACCUGCUUCUUCCGCGGUGUCGCUGCUGAGCGUUUCGCCGUCCGCAACUCCGGUGCCACCGCUGUUGUCGAGGGUGUCGGUGACCACGGUUGCGAGUACAUGACUGGUGGUCGUAUCGUCAUUCUGGGCAGCACUGGUCGCAACUUCGCUGCCGGUAUGUCUGGCGGUAUCGCCUACGUCCUCGACAUCCACAAGGACUUCUUGUCCAAGCUCAACACCGAGAUGGUUGAGGCCGAGUCCGUCGAGGACCCCACUGAGAUUGCCUACCUGCGCGGUCUCGUGGAGGACCACCACCACUACACCGGCUCCGAGCUCGCCGCCCGCAUCCUGCUCGACUUCAACCGUGCCCUGUCCCGCUUCGUCAAGGUCAUGCCUGUCGACUACAAGCGUGUCCUCGCUGAGGAGGCUGCCAAGGCCGCCGAGGCUAAGCGCGCCGAGUACAACCUGCCCGUCAUCUCUGGCGUUCCCGCCAAGAAGGAGGAGAAGACCGCCGCGAAGCUCCAGGACAUAGAGGAGACCAUCGGAGACAACGCCGCCGAGAAGAAGCGCGCUCUCGUCCUCGACAAGACCAAGGGCUUUAUGAAGUACCAGCGUCGUGCGGAGAAGUACCGCAACGCCAAGACCCGCACCAAGGACUGGGCCGAGCUUUCCUCCCGUCUCGACGAGGAUGAGCUCAAGUACCAGUCUGCUCGUUGCAUGGACUGCGGUGUUCCUUUCUGCCAGUCCGAGACAGGUUGCCCGAUCUCCAACAUCAUUCCCAAAUGGAAUGAAUUGGUCUUUCAAGGACAAUGGCGCGACGCCCUUAACCGUCUUCUCAUGACCAACAACUUCCCCGAAUUCACCGGCCGUGUCUGCCCUGCUCCUUGCGAGGGUGCCUGCGUUCUCGGCAUCAACGAGGACCCCGUCGGCAUCAAGUCCAUUGAGUGCGCCAUCAUCGACCGCGGUUUCGAGAUGGGUUGGAUGGUUCCUACCCCCCCUGAGGUCCGCACCGGCAAGAAGGUUGCCGUCAUCGGUUCCGGCCCCGCCGGUCUGGCCGCCGCUGACCAGCUCAACCGUGCCGGUCACACCGUCACUGUCUACGAGCGUGCCGACCGCCCUGGUGGUCUGCUGAUGUACGGUAUCCCCAACAUGAAGCUCGACAAGCGCAUCGUCAAGCGCCGUACCGACUUCAUGGCCGCCGAGGGCAUCAACUUCAAGUGCGGUGUUGCCAUUGGCGAGGACGUCCAGCUCAUGGACCUGAAGGCCGAGAACGACGCCGUCGUCAUCGCCACCGGUGCCACCGUCGCUCGCGACCUCCCCAUCAAGGGCCGCGAGCUCGAGGGCAUCCACUACGCUAUGGAGUUCCUGCACAAGAACACCAAGUCUCUCCUUGACUCCGAGCUUGAGGACGGUUCCUACAUCUCCGCCAAGGGCAAGGACGUCAUCGUCAUCGGUGGUGGUGACACCGGUAACGACUGCAUCGGUACUUCCGUCCGCCACGGUGCCAAGUCCGUCAUCAACUUCGAGCUCCUGCCCCAGCCUCCCCCGGAGCGUGCUCGUGACAACCCUUGGCCCCAGUGGCCCCGCAUCUACCGUGUGGACUACGGCCACACCGAGGUCAAGCAGCACAUGGGCAAGGACCCUCGCGAGUACUGCAUCAUGUCCGAGGAGUUCGUCGACGACGGCUCCGGCAAGGUCAAGGGUAUUAACACCAUCCGCGUUGAGUGGACUCGCUCCGCCACUGGUGGUUGGGACAUGAAGAAGAUCGAGGGCUCUCAGCAGUUCUUCCCUGCCGACCUCGUCCUCCUCUCCAUGGGUUUCCUCGGCCCCGAGGCCCGCAUCUUCGGCGAUGUCAUCGAGAAGGACGCUCGCAAGAACGUCAAGACCCCUCCUGGCAAGUACAGCACCAACAUCCCCGGCAUUUUCGCUGCCGGUGACUGCCGUCGUGGACAGUCCCUCAUCGUUUGGGGUAUCAACGAAGGCCGCCAGGCUGCUCGCGAGAUUGAUCUUUACCUCGAGCAGUGCACCAGCCUGCCCGUGACUGGAGGCAUCGUCAAGCGCACCGCUGGCGAGAUCUUCAGCCGGGUCAAGCCCGUCCAGGCUUAA